AUGCCUCCCCGACUAUUACCGCCCAGCACUUCUUUCUGCUGCAUAGCCACGACCAGUGCAUCCGUCACCUCAUUGACAGCUUGCUUGACGCGUCUGACGAUCCUGCAAACUCGCAAUGCUUCCAUCCUAAGCAGCCUCGCCAACAACAAGGGUGCCAUUCACAUCAAGAAGAGAGUCGGUCGCGGACCUUCGUCUGGGCACGGAAAGACGUCGGGACGAGGUCACAAGGGUCAAAAGCAGCAUGGAAAGGUGAAGCCGUGGUUUCAAGGCGGUCAGACGCCAUUGAUUGUGAAGCACGGUAGCAUGGGUUUCACGAACUUGAGGGCACCGCAAAUGUCCGAAGUGAACCUCGAUCAGAUUCAGGAAUGGAUUAACCAAGGCCGACUCGAUCCCUCGCAGCAGAUCACACCCAAGGAACUCAUCCAGAGCAAACUGGUUGGCAGUGUCAAGGACGGCGUAAAGAUUCUCUCCCGUGGAUCGGAAUGCUUGAAACAGCCCAUUGAUGUCAUGGUUUCGCGGGCCUCGGCUGGUGCUAUUGCCGCUAUUGAGGCUGCUGGUGGGAAGGUUACGACGAGAUACUACACGAAGUUGGCGAUUCAGCGACUACUGCGGGGGGAGUCGGUCAACACUGAUAAGCCGCUGCCCGUGGGCAAGGAACAGGUAGAGACGGUUCUCGCGGAGGCAAGGAAAGCCCCGUUCCGGUAUAGAUUGCCUGAUCCGACUAGCCGUCGUGAUAUCGAGUACUACCGGGAUCCGGCACACAGAGGGUAUCUGAGCUAUCAGUUGGCGCCUGGACAAUCGCCUAGUUUGUACUUUAGGGUGCCUGGUGAGCGGAAGAUUAAGAGUGCGGCUAAGGAGGAGAAGAAGGCUGCUGAGGAGACUUUGUGGUAG